UCCUCGCAAUUAGUCUUUGUGAUUUGGAUGAUAAAGAUUUGAGCUUUGUGGUAAAUCGCUGGCUGGGCAACCUCUCGCCUCGAUUGUCCCCGCAAGCUGUUCGAUGAAAUUCCCCAAAGAUGUGCUUUUUUUUACAAAAGGUGAGCAUUUUCAGUUUACCUCACAAACCCCCAGGAAAAAACAGUCUCGGAAUUCAUCUUUUUAGUGGUUAAAAAGAGAGAAAUUUGCAAUUGGUGGAGAAAGAUUUAAGCUUUUAAGAAAUCGUAGGCGGGGUCACUCACUUCUGACCUCGUUUGUCCUUGCAAGGAGUUCGAUGAAAUUCUCCUCCCCGAGGGGUGUCCUUUUUUUUCAUAUUUUUUUUACAGAAAUCGAGCCGUAAGCUCGCAAAAAGUGACCAAUGUGGUAUCGGAAUCGUAAACAAUGGAUUUCGAGAGAUUAGAGAGCAAAAACUUGGUGAUUUGGAAUUGAUAAAGGUUAGAUUUUUAAUGUAUCAUCGAAUGCGCUGAAGGGUGGGGCAGGGAUGCCAGAAGUCUGACAGCGACACUAAGUUCACAAGCUGUCUUCCAUUACUUACCUUCUCCUAAAGCUCUCUUCAAUGGCGCCCUGCUGUCACAGUGAGUACCGCCUACUUCUCCUUCCUCUACUUUGCGUUCAUGGCUUCUGCUUAUAAUUAGCCAGCAAAAGUGGCACAGCAAGAACAGAGCUUGACUACUUCAAUCUCCGUUUCUGCUACAAUGUCGGGUGGUGGUGGUGGAAGUGUGUCCACCUGCUUCGCUUUCGGCUUUGUGGUUGUGGCCAUGGCGAGUUUCGGUCAGUUCGGGGUGGUCGCAUGGCGGCCGUGGCCACGCCAUUUCGGUAAAAAUGCCACCUUGGCCGCCGCCGGCGUAGCGGCGCCGGCGCUGGGGGAGUCGAAGAAGUACGAGGGGUCGUCGGAGUUCGUCAUGCUCCGGUACCACAUGGGCCCUGUGCUCACCACCAACAUCACCGUCCACCCCAUUUGGUACGGCAGCUGGUUGCCGUCGCAGAAGCACAUCCUCCGCUGCUUCCUCCGCUCCAUCUCCUCCCCCGCCGCACCCAGCCCCUCCGUCGCCGCCUGGUGGCGUACUGUCCGCCUCUACACUGACCAGACCGGCGCCAACAUCUCCGCCGCUGUUGUCCUUGGUGCUGAACGCUCCGACCGGCGAUACUCCCACGGCCGCAAGCUCUCCCGCUUGGCGAUCCAGAGCGUGAUCCGCGACGCCGUGGCGGCGCCCCGCCGCCCGCUCCCCGUCAACCCCCGCGGCGGGCUCUACCUUGUCCUCACCUCCGACGACGUUGCCGUGCAGGACUUCUGCCUCACCGUCUGCGGCUUCCACUACUUCACCUUCCCGGCCAUCGUCGGCUACACGCUCCCCUACGCGUGGGUGGGCAACUCCGCCGCCCAGUGCCCGGGGAUCUGCGCCUACCCCUUCGCCGUCCCGCCCUUCGCCGUCGGCCUCCGCACGCCGGAGCGGCCGCCCAACGGCAACGUCGGCGUCGACGGCAUGGUCAGCGUGGUGGCGCACGAGCUGGCGGAGAUGGCAUCCAACCCGCUUGUGAACGCGUGGUACGCCGGCGAGGACCCCUCUUUCCCGACCGAGAUCGCCGACCUCUGCGAGGGCAUCUACGGCACCGGCGGCGGCGGAGCCUAUACGGGGCAGCUACUCGUCGACGCCGGCAGCGGCGCUUCCUACAACGUGAACGGCAUCGGCGGAAGCAAAUUCCUGGUCCAGUGGAUUUGGAACCCGUACUUGAGCUACUGCAGCGGACCCAACGCACUCGAUCAUCAGUAGCGACCGCCAUUUUUGCUUCAAAAAUCACUUUUUUAGAUCGUUUUUUGCUUGUCCGAGUCCUGUCCUUGCUUGUUUAGUGAGUGUGAGGUGAUCUAUUUAGCUAAAUAAGGAGAAAGAAGAGGACAUGGCCGGAGAAGAAGCUGCUCCCAUGGAAGAAGAAGAUGAUGAUGUAUCUUGGCAAAUUUCUGUUUGUACAAAUUGGAUUCCCUUUAAUUGAUCUCUAUUUUGGUCAA